CUCGCGAUGUGGAGCAAUCGCUGCUCGAUUUUAAUCCUGGCGCUGCUGGUCGCCGGCAAUGUGGGAAAAGUAUUCGGUAGGCUGCCGAGAAUCCUGCCAGAAUCCUUCGCCGAAGGCGAUGAAGGUGUCAUAGUGCGCGGUGACUGUGAGUUCAAAGUGAACGGUGACCUCAGCGAUCCCGCUCCCGUUUUUUCGCGACACAACUCUUAUGAAAUUGUGGUGCCGGAUCCCACGGACACAGUGCGUUUGGUUAAUGGCGAACUUUUGGAUAUGUUCUGCCCGGGAGUGGGAUUUGCAGCCCCGUUUGCGAAUCGAUCGCAGGUGACGGCCACGUGUCUGCAGAACAAGUACUUCCUGGUUGAUGACCUCAUCUACUCGUUUGCUGAUUUCUCCUGCACAAGUUGGCCCCUUUUCGCGGCCCUUCGAACUGGCAAAGAUUGCAACGGAGGCACCGAUCUCGUCCAGGUGGGAUUCGAGGUGGAAGAUGGUGGAUUCCUGCAGUCCUACGAACUUUGUCACGAUGCCGAGGCGGAAGCAACGCGUUACGUUCACCAUGUUCUCUAUCCCUCGAGCUACGAUUAUCAGCAUGGAGUAGCAAGACCCAGUUUUAUAGAACUUGAUUUCUAUAAUGGCAAGGAUGUGAACAAUAAGUACACCCAAGUGCAGCAGAACAUCACCAUUAGUGGGAUCCUCGGACUGGAUGCCUCGCCCUAUUUCAACUACAGUGAUGAUCGUAUUCUGUCUCGGGGUCACAUGAUCGCCAAAACGGAUCAGAUUUUCGGAGCAGCUCAGCACUCUACUUUCCUGUACAUCAAUGUGGCACCGCAGUGGCAAACCUUCAAUGGCGGCAACUGGGAGAAAGUGGAGACGAGUGUCCGGAAGUUCGUGGCCGAUCGCAAUCUCACCACUGAUUGUUAUACUGGCACUUGGGGUGUUUCCACCCUGCCCGAUGUGGAUGGGAUCGAAAGGGAGCUGUAUCUGGACUUCGAUGAGAACAACAAUGGCUUGAUCCCCGUGCCUGCUUUGUAUUUCCGUGUGGUUAUCGAUCGGGCGACUCGUGAAGGCAUCGUGCUUGUCGGCAUUAACAAUCCUUACUUGACUCUGGAGCAAAUUCUGAAGGAUUUCGUUCUGUGCAGGGACAUUGGGAACCAGCUUAGUUGGGUGACUUGGCUCAAGACAGAUCUGCAUGCCGGUUAUUCCUAUGCUUGCACUGUGGAGGAUUUCAUUGAAGUGGUCAAGGACUUGCCACUGGAGGAUCUGCAAACAAAUGGAGUUCUGGGAUUGGAUGACGUAACUACUACUGAACCUCCUAGUACAACAACUACUGAGGGGCCAAGUUCAACAACCGAAGAACCAAGUUCAUCUACUGCUUCAACCACCACUGAACCACCUUCUUCCACAACUCAACCCACAACGGAAGAAAGCUCUUCUACGGUUACAACAACUGUGGAACCGAGUUCAACAACUUCUUCAACAACUGUGGAACCGAGUUCAACAACUUCUUCAACAACUGAGGAACCUAGUUCCACUACAGUUGAACCCGCUUCAUCAUCUUCCUCGUCUUCAACUUCAAUUCCCCCCGUUACAUCGCCUUCUCCAAUUGGAAACCCCUGCAAGUUCAGCAUAAAUGGAGAUCUCAAGGACCCUGCUCCACUUUUAACCCCUCAAGGAGCUCUCAGCUGGCUUCUUCCCGACGAGAAUGGAACCUAUACCGUGGAAGAAGGAUCCUCCAUCGAUCUGCAUUGCACUGGAGCUCUGGUUUCUCCCUUCAACAGGUACACCGCUGUAACAGCUCGUUGUGUUGGUGAUCAGUUGUACGAGGCCGAGGGUCAACAGUUGAGUAUUCGAGGAUUCGUCUGCCAGAGUUGGCCAACUUACGUCGCAGAGAGAUCCGGGGAGUCCUGCGAAGGUGGCACGGCUUUGGUGCACAUUGGAUUCAAUGUGGCAGCCGGUUUCCUUUCGCAUGUGGAACUUUGCUACAAUCAAGAAGAGCAGAUUUCAAGGUACGCUCGAUAUGAACUAACACCUGCCAAUUUGGCUUAUCAGCGGGGAGUUGCUCAACCUGGUUAUCUACGCGGUGAUUUCUACACUGGCGAAGAUGUCAACGUUCUGUAUGGUCAAACCCAUCAGCUGGAGGCAUUCAAUUCAGCUCUGGGAUUGGAUGCCAGUCAGUAUUUCGACAGCACCAAGGAUCUCUACUUGACCCGAGGUCAACUGGCCACUCGCCUUGAUUUUAUUCACAGUUCCGCUCAGAGAGCCACCCACUUUUAUGUGAAUGCCGUUCCGCAAUGGAGAAGCACCAAUAUUGGCAAUUGGCUGGCAGUGGAAUCCAGUUUGCGGCAGUUCGUGGCCGACGAGGCACUCAACGUGAGUGUCUAUGCCGGCAGCUAUGGUGUUUCGACACUUCCCAAUUCCCAAGGAGUGCAGACCGAUCUGUAUCUGAAUGCCGAGACGAAACAACUACCAGUGCCCAAGAUACUAUAUAAGAUUGUCAUUGAUCAGGAGAGUCGCAAGGGUGUGGUUCUUAUAGUGGUGAACAAUCCUCACAUUACUCUGGCGGAAAUCCUGCAGGACUACGUUUUCUGUGAGGAUGUGGGUGCUCAGUUGGAUUGGGUGGACUGGGAUAAAACGGACCUGCAGAAGGGCUACUCGUAUGCCUGUUCUGUGGAGGACUUCAUCCAGGUGGUGAAGGACCUGCCCACGGAUCAACUGGAGACCACGGGAAUACUUGGCGUGAGUUCUAUGCCCCUGGAAAACGAACUUUGCAGCUUCCAAGUUAAUGGAGAUCUUAAGGAUCCGGCACCCUUAUACGUUAUAAGAAACGAACUGGGUCAUGCGAGAUAUUUGGAGCCAAACCACGAAGGAAUAGUUCAGUUGAAGCACGGAGAAUCCUUGGAGUUCCACUGCAUCAAACCCUUAACCGGAUUAUUCGCUGGUUAUAGCUUCGUGAAUUCCACUUGCUGGCAACAACAGAGUUUCCUUGCCAUGGGAAGUAUCUAUCAGCUGCAGGACUUUGUCUGCAACUCCUGGCCAACUUAUUCGGCUCGAAGGACCAAUCGUCCUUGCAACGGGGGAACAGAUCUCCUGGAAGUUGGAUUCCAGCUCUCUGCCACUUCCUUCGAUGACUUCCUGCAGACUUUCGAUGUGUGCCACGAUGAACCGAGUGAGGUCACCCGCUAUGUGCAUCAUGUCCUCCAUCCGGGAAGUGCCCAAUACCAGCGAUCCGUAUCCCGGCCAACCUUCAUUCCUGGCGACUUUUACGGAGGCAAGGAUGUGAAUACCCUGUAUACUCAAGUCAGGCAGAAUAUCACCGUUUCGGAGAUCCUGGGCAUGGAUGCCUCGCCCUACUUCAACAUAAGUGGUAAUGUCUACCUGGCUCGGGGUCACCUUUCGGCCAAAACCGACUUUGUCUUCGGAGCUGAGCAACAGGCGACGUUCUUCUUUGUGAAUGCGGCUCCCCAGUGGCAGACCUUCAAUGGUGGAAACUGGGAACGAGUUGAGGAUAGUGUAAGGAAGUUCGUGGCCGAUGAAAACAUCACCGCAGAUUGCUAUACGGGCACUUGGGGAGUAUCCACCCUGCCCGAUGUGAAUGGCACCGAAAGGGAGCUUUACCUGGACUUCGACGAAAACAAUAAUGGUUUGAUUCCAGUGCCGAAGUUGUACUUCCGCGUGGUUGUCGAUCGCGAGAGCCAAAAAGGUAUCGUUCUAAUUGGCGUAAAUAAUCCCCAUGUGGAUUUAGAGCAAAUUAAGCGGGAAUAUAUUGUCUGCGAGGAUAUUGGCAAUCAACUAACUUGGGUCAGUUGGACCAAGGAGGACCUGAAGAAGGGCUAUUCCUAUGCUUGCACUGUGGAAGACUUUACUUCUGUGGUGAAAGACCUGCCAUUGGAUGAUUUACAGGUUAAGGGAGUGCUGGGCAUUUAAGACUUAGUUUCGUAGAUAAACGAAUAACCAAACAUACCGAAUUUCUUAAUUUAAAACCAAUAAAAAUGUUACCAAAUCUU